UAUUAUCCUGUCAUGUGCAUAGAAUUGUUAAGUCAAGUCUACAAGGAUAAGAGCCUCUCUCUCUCUCUCUCCCAAGCAUACUCAUGGUUUACAACUCUCUAAUCUCCCCCAAAUUCAUUCCUCUUUCCCCACCAAAACCAGCAACAAAUCUCUUCUCUUUACACCCUUAUCUUCCCUAUAUUCCAAUUCAAUACAGUAUCAACAAGAGAGAUUUCCCAUUGCCAGCAGUCAGUUCAAUUCCGUACCCACCCAUCAAUGUGGACUACUUGGAGAAUGAAUUCAGUGGCCAUGGAGUUACAUUUACAACCAUCAGCGACAGCUGCGUGGUCAAGAUGGGAUUGGACAACGGAAGCUUGGUCAGCCUGAUGCUACCAAGCGGACUAAUCACGUCCUACAAGGCUCCCAUGUGGCACGGGGGCACGCUUGAGCUGCUGCACACAUCGGUCUCGGAGGGGGAGAGUGGUGCUGCUGCUGUCAUUCAAGGUGGUGUGUCUUUAGCCUUCAAAUGUGAAAGUGAUGGUGGAGUUCCAUGGUCUCCAAGUACUUGGGCUCUUCAUGAUGUCAAAGGAACUCCUCAAGGUUCCAUUCAGGUAGAACUGAUAAGCAGGAAUUCAAAGGAUAUGGUUGAAGUUAAACAUAUUCUGACUCUCCGAAAAGAUCUCUUAAGCUCAGAGAUUGUAGUCUCUAACACAAAAUCUUCAUCCCUCGGUCUGAUGGGCUCUAUGGUGAGCCAUCUGACCGUAAGCACACCAGAAGCAACUUAUGCAGUGGGAUUGGAAGGAUCAAAUUUCUUUAGCAGGCCACCAUUUUUAUCAAAUUUUAGUAUAAUACCUCCGGAUUUCGUCCAGGGAAAAGAUUUAGGUUUUAGAAAGUUGUGGAGUCCUACGGCACUCGUUGAAUAUUUGUCCAGCUGGGGAGUAAGAAAUCAGAACACUGCUGAUGAUGCAGAAAGCAGGGAGGGAAAAGUAGAAGAAGAGAUGGAGGGUGAAGAAACUGAUAACUAUAAGCAUUUAACUGAGAAAAUGAGCAUGAUUUACACUGAUGCACCUCGAUACAUGACAGUAAUUGACAGGGGUAGAAGAAACUCAGUUAUACUUGGAAGAGAUGGCUUCAACGAACUUUACAUGUUCAGUCCUGGCUCAAGUCACGAAUGGUAUGGCAAGUAUGCUUACAUAUGCGUUGGACAGGCGGCCCUGCUUGAACCAAUAAACAUAGAUCCUGAAGGUGUAUGGAGAGGUUGGCAGCAUAUACACAACCCAAAUCUCUAAAUCUUGUAGAAGCAUUGUUAUGCUCUAUCUUUCUAUUUGAAAAAUAAUUAAAACCCUUUUCAUACCUGUGAAAAAAUUUACUCUUCUUAGUUCUGCUGAUAUAUAAUGUUUUAUCAUUUGGUUCA